UUCAUCACUUCCUGCUUCGGUGAGAGCGUUCAGGACGUGUUGGCUGGAUUUGUAGAAGUUUAUUUCUCUCCAUAUGACCGCUUGAAUAAAAAGAGAAGUAAAUAAAGACACCGAGUAGGCGUGUGUUUAAAUAUUUAUAAAGUUUACCGUAUGAAAUAUUAAUAUUUAACGUAUUUGGAUCACGGAACAGCGAAGUUUUGUCAACGGAACAAUCGGUGGAGUUCGUCCUCUUUAGAAAUCCUCGAUGGAGCACUUGACAGUCCGGCCCGUGACAGGGUUGGCCUGGACCUCCAACAGCGGCACCUGUCCUAAAAAUUUCACCCUGAUCAGCUUCACUGAAGAUGGAGCAACUGCAAACUUUGUUCGCGGCUUUGCAAUAAAAUCUGGAUAUUACCUCUGUUACAGCAAGGACCUGACAGAUGGGAAGGUGGUGUCCGACAUUCAGAUCAUUUCAGAAAAAGACAGCAUACCUCAGGGCUACUUCGCUAUAGCAGAGUACCUGGAACCAAAAACUUCCGUUUCGAAGAAAAAGCGAGUGUGUGCCCGCUACUCCCCGGUGAGCAGUGUGGACACGGCUGUGUUGGACAUCAAACUGACCUCCAAAAGUAAAAUGAUGCUGCAGCAUUACACAUACGUGGGUGACGUGAACGGCUAUGUGCUGUGGUGCAGAAAGGGGCAAUUUACCAAUACCUUCCCCCAGCCCAAACCCCGCAAUGUGGGGCUGGACAUGCGUAAGCUCUCCUUGGACCAGCCAGACACUCCCCCUGCUCUCCCCCUCAGACACAGCAACCCCCCUCCUCCUGCAACGCUGCCACAGAGAAAGCUGACUCAGAGACGGUGCAGCCUGCACAGCAAGGACAACCUGGAUAAGUCAGGAGACGGCAGCGUCUCCGGGGUUACAGCUCUGGACGGAGUUCCCUUCAGCCUCCACCCAGAUUAUGAUUUCCAGGCAAAUGGAAUGUCUCUGCAGUUGAAUUCUCAGUUAAACAACAUUCGCAUAAAGUCCCUCGCAGACAUUGAAAACGAGUACAAUUACACGUUUUCUGUGGAGGAAUCUGCUGCCAAGAGGACCAGACCAUCCAUCUCAGCAGAAGCUGCUCCAUCAGCUCCGUGAUCUUUGCAUGACGCACGUGGAAUUACUGUUCUUUUAUUCUGAAAGUGAAAUUCCACUUUAAAUAAGGAUGCAGGUGAAGAAUUGCCUCGCAUACAUUUAGAUGCAUACUCCGACGGCCUCCCACACUUGCUGUUAGAUCGGUAAACCAGAAUUAUCAACUUAAUGCUACCAAAAAAUAAUCAAAGAAAACUCUGCUUUGAAUCAGAUUAGUUCAACACCGGUCUCUUGUAAAUGCUGAAAUGUAGAAAUUUGAAGGCAAAAAAUAUUUUCAUAAAUGCACUUUUCCACCAGAGAAUUUUCUUUUCUUGCUGUUUCGAGUGUUUGUUUAUAUACUUUCUUGUUCUUUUUCUUGGUUUUUAAGCAUAAAUGUAAAUUUUGGUGAAUAAACAUUGUUGUCUCCACAAUUACACUAUCAUAAAUGUAUUACUGUAUGUGCAAUUACUUCUAAUAAAAACAGGUCACUGACUAGAGUUAAACAA